CGUGCUGGUCUGGUCUUCCUCCCACAGGCGCAAUUCGUCACAAUUCCUAACAAGCCCAGCAGAAUCGCGGGAGCAGAGUGGGGGCGGAGAGGAGCGAGGUCAGUGGGGCAGACCACGCCGCAGCCAUGUCGGUGCAGGAGUACCUAGAGAAGCACCUGCUCCCGCGCAAGAUCGAGGAGGCCGUGAACGCGGCCGUCCGCGCCAAGGCCGCCGACCCGGUGCUCUUCAUCUCCACCCACAUGCGGCGGGCGGCGCCGGCCGUGAUCACGCGGGUGUGCGCGCGGCAGAUCCUGGACAGCCGCGGCGCCCCCGCGGUGGAGGUCGACCUGCACACCAACAAGGCCGUGCACCGCGCGUCCGCGGCCGGGCCGAGCGCCCCCGAGGGCGCCGCGGUCGACGCCACGAGGGACGUCGAGAAGCGGAGGCUCCUCGCCAAGGCGGUCGCUGAAUCGGUGCGGCUGAUCAACGGCAAGGUGUCGGAGGCGCUCGUGGGGAUGGAUCCGCAGCAGCAGGCGCAGAUCGACCAGGCCAUCAUGGACUUGGACAAGGCACACCACAGGACUGAGGUUGGAGCGAAUGCUAUGCUGGCCGUAUCAAUUGCAGCUUGUAAAGCUGGUGCUGCUGAGAAAGAGGUUCCGCUGUACAAGCAUAUAGCAGAUCUUGUUGGUAAAAGCGCAACAACGCUUCCCGUCCCAGCAAUUACAGUCAUUAAUGGUGGAACCCAUGCUGGAAAUAAUCUUCCCAUUCAAGAAAUUAUGAUCCUUCCCAUCGGUGCAAAAAACUUUGAAGAAGCAAUGCAGAUGGGUUCAGAGACAUAUCAUCAUCUGAAGGAUAUUAUAUGGGAGAAGUAUGGUUCAGAAAGUUGCAACAUUGGCGAUGAUGGUGGAUUUGCUCCAAAUAUUUCCAGUAUAACCGAAGGCCUGGAUCUUGUCAUUGCGGCAAUAGAUAGAGCUGGAUAUAAUGGAAGGAUCAAAUUAGCAAUUGAUGCUGCUGCUACUGAUUUUUGCGUAGGAAAGAAAUAUGACCUGGAGUUCAAAUCUGCAAAGAAAACGGGGCAAAAUUUCAAAACUGGGGAUGAUAUGAUUGAGAUUUAUAGUCAACUAUGUUCAGAGUACCCACUUGUCUCCAUUGAACAGCCCUUUGACAAAGAUGACUGGGAGCACUCGAAAAAGUUUACCACCCUAGAGCUAUGUCAGGUUGUAGGAGACGACUUAUUGAUGUCAGAUCCUGAACGCAUCAAGCGGGCAGUAAAUGAAUAUACUUGUGACGCUCUUACUCUCAAGGGAAGUCAAGUGGGCACUGUCACUGAGGCCAUAGAGGCUGUGAAACAGGCAAAGGAUGCUCAUUGGGGUGUGAUGGUGUCACAUAGGUCUGGGGACACGGAUGACCCUUUCAUCGCCGACCUGGCUGUCGGUGCAGCAGCUGGACAGAUCAAAGCCGGUGCCCCCUGCCGUGGAGAGUGCCUCACUAAAUACAAUCAGCUUCUAAGAAUAGAGGAAGAACUUGGAAUCGAAGGUGUGUACGCUGGUGAAAAUUGGAGAACUACCGCAAGCUGACUUGUGGCUCACUGGAUUCGUCGAUGUGAUUUGGGUGGUUCUGUAGAAAUGUGUUAUGUUCUGGCUCAGCAAAGGCACGGAAAGAGGGUAGCUUAACAAACUGGGGAAACUUUCAGGCACACAUUGGUUUCUUAGAUGUAGUGGUUGAACUGCUGGGGCUUUACUUGUGAGAGAUGUUCAGCUAUGCCUUUUUCCCUUUUUCAUUUCUAUACGGUAUGGAAUGGAUCGUGCAGAAGAUACAUGAAUUUGAGAAUGGGUUUAAAGGAGUAGAAUUUUCAUAUA